GUUUUGUAUAUAGAAUUAUUUGAAUUAAUAUUUUGUUCUGUUCUGUUCUGUCUUUCUGUGACGUGUGAUCUAUCUUUGUUGUAAACCAGCGUUUAGUGGUUUAAUUCUACUAGUUACUGGUGAUUAGGGCGCUACAAUCACUAGCUUGGGAGGCGUUUAUAUGUUCGGAUAAUGACGGCAUAGGUUUCUUUCCAGCUCACUCAUAAACUGUCGAAAUAGAAACUGGAGCCCGUCUAGAGACGCUCCAAUAGAAGUGUUUAAUCAUCACUCUUAGGGAUAGCCACCCUCCUACCUGACCAAACCCACUUCUCCAAUCGCACCACCGCCCAAAGGGGGCAACCACUCGUUCCAUCGAAACUUAUGCAGCGCUUCGUGUGCCGCCCAAGUAUCGCAUCAUCAUCGCGGCUAGCACAGGUCACCACUCAUCUAGUAGUAGUAGCUUACGAACAUCUCACCCGCCGUACAAUGGCAACGGUAUCUACGUUGGGCCCGGCGCCGUGGCGAAAGGUCUUUCUGGAGCACGUACAGACGAUGCCGUCGCCGGAAUUCAGCCUGGGCACGGUUCGGAAAACGUCGACGCCGACGGGCGGCGUCGCUUGCGCGCCGCGGACCCGCACCUGCGUCUUCCGCGGCCUGUUCGCGGACCUGCCGGCGAACCCGAAGAACGAGGCGGAGCUGAACCCAGACCUCUACGAGAGCGACUUCCUCGCGCUCACGACGGACCGCCGCAUGGACAAGAUGGCCGAGCUUUUUGGUGUUGAAACCGGUAACGAUGGUAAUGAUGGUGGUGACGAAGAAGAAGAGGCGAAAAAGCUCGCGGGAUCGGGCGGAGGCGCGCCCGUUGAGGCCGUGUUCUGGGUUAAAGAGACGAGCACGCAGUGGCGCGUGCGAGGACGCGCGUACGUGCUCGCGCCGGAUAUCGAAGGCUCGCCCGAGGGGCGGCAGGUCAUCUCGAAGCUAAGGGCGCGCAUGCGGAGGAAGAAGAACAGUAACAGUAAUAGUAACAGCGGCGCCGCGGGUUCUUCCUCUGAGGGCAGUAGCAGCGGCAGCGGCGGCAGCAGCAAGCAGUGGAGCUUCGGGCGCGAGAUCACGGCGCACUUCGGCAACCUGAGCCCGCAGAUGCGAGGCACGUUCCGGAACCCGGCGCCGGGGACUCCGGUCGCGCUGCCGGUGCGCGACGGUAGAUUGGGCUUGGGACAGAAGGUGGUGGAUUUGCGCGACGAGGUCGCGAGGAGUAAUUUUCGUGUUGUGGUCUUGGUGCCGGAUGAAUUGGACCGCGCUGACUUGAGCGAUCCCGAGCGCGCGAGGAGGUGGUUGUAUACGUUUGUCGGCGGUGGGAAGACGGAGUCUACGACGCCUGGUGGGAGUAUAGAAGAUGGGUGGGAGAAGGUCGAGGUUUGGCCGUAGCUACCUAGGCAGCAAGGGAAAGGCGAGAAAAGGGGAGGAACUUUUUUUUUUUUUUUACCAAGCUCAAAUAGGUAGGAGAUCUAGCUGUCGCGAUACAACCUACCUACCUAAUAUAAAUACCUACUUACCUACUUACCUACCUUCCUACCGCGAUGGCCACCCUGUCUCUUUUUACGCUGAUAGCUUAGGAAAUGGUUCACGACCCUACAUGUAGUAGUUACACUUGACGAUGACCAUGACGAUGGUUUGCGGUGCGUUGAUGUGCUAACCCCCAACCUCCACACAUACAUACGUACAUACAUACAGGAACGGGAAUUCUUAGAUGAGGUCUUGGCAUUGCAAGAUUGCCGCGCGAAAUCUUAAACUUAGCCCGGCAAUUCCUUCAAUGAGGCUCAUCUGAGCGCAUCAAGGGCCCGGCGCGUAUAUGUGCGUGCUUUGUGUGUGAUACGAUAGGAUCUGUGUGUGAUGUGAUAGAAAGGGAACGUCCCUUUACUAGGUACCCGAGCCGAACGCACAUGGCAAUCCUACCUGUCUGCGGACCGAAUGCCGCGGCUCGAAUUUUAAAAGAAGCCUUCUCUGCCGAUCUUGCUGCCGGGACACGUUCGAAAAUAGUGACCGUGUAUGGCUUAGGGAGGUAUGUACAUAGCACACGAGGUUUUUUGACAGGCAGUAAGCAGAUCUCAAACUGACUGAUCUUUCUUGUUUUCGGCCUGUUUUCUUUCC